AUGUUCUGGCGAUUCGGCGGCUACGCACAGCUGUCGUCCAUCGACAGCAUUCUCGACAAGCCCGAUGUCACAUUGGAGGAGCUACUAGACGAGUCCGACCUAAUACAAGAGCUUAAGCAGCAGAAUUCGAAGCUCAUCGAGUAUCUCCGGGACGACAAGGUCCUCGACCGCCUACUCCGCUACGUCGUUGCUCCCAAGCCUGCGCCGUCUCCCGAUGAGGACAGCUCAGGCCCUGAUGCUGGAGACAAAGCUCGAAAUACCUCGAAGGAAGGCUUCUUCGGGAAGGUGACCGGCAAGGCGCGGUCCUCGUCUAUUACAAAGUCUGAAGUGGGCGAUGGCGACGAGAGCAAGCGCAUGAAGUAUGCCUAUGUGGCGUGCGAGAUCCUGUCAUCAGAAGUGUGGUCCAUCUCGGAGGCAGUCAUGGAGAAUCCGGAUUCUCUCCGUCAUUUCUGGGGAUACAUAAAGCAGCCGGCCCCGCUGGAUCCAGUACAGGCUGGUUACUUCACCAAGGUGAAUGAGUCGCUUCUCGACCGUAAGAUGGAAGAGAUGCUGGACUUUUUCAAGUCGAUAGACAACGUGGUGCCGGAUAUGUUGCAGCAUGUGGACUGUCCCAUGAUCAUGGAUCUGCUCUUGAAGAUCAUAAGUCUGGAGAAGAGCGAAGGGCAGGGUAUCGUUGAUUGGCUGCAGUCGCAGGACCUCAUCCCCCGGCUUCUAGCAAAUCUAUCUCCGGACCAGAGUCCCUCUACGCAAACCUCCGCCGGUGAUUUCAUCAAAGCCAUAAUAACCAUAUCUGCGAAUGCUACGACUCAAGAUCAGUCUGUGAUUGGCCCGAACGAGCUGACACGGCAGCUGGUAUCCGAGCCUUGCAUUAAGCAGCUGAUUGCGGACAUGCUACAAGGCGGUAACCCGCUCACCGUAGGCGUAGGCAUCAUCAUUGAAGUAAUCAGGAAGAACAAUUCAGACUAUGACCUGGACAACCAGAUAGGGCCUGUUCCCAAAAAUACCGAUCCCAUCUAUCUUGGAACGUUGCUCCGCCAAUUUGCAGAGCACAUACCGCAAUUCAUGGAACUUGUGCAUAAUCCAAAUCACACAGUAGUAAACCAGGAUGGAUCCACAACCACGAGAAGGAGGGAGCUGAAGACGGCUUUUGGAGAGAAGAUCGAGCCCCUAGGGUUCGACCGAUUCAAGACCUGCGAACUCAUGGCCGAGCUUCUGCAUUGCAGUAACAUGGCUCUUCUCAACGAACGCGGUAGUGAGGCCGAGGUGAAGCGAAGGGACGCAGAGCGUGAGCGUCUGAAGGCGGAAGGAAAGCUCAACCCAAAGACGGAAACGGAGGACAAUGAUAAUGCCGAUUUUUCCACGAGCGUGGAUAGCCAUGGAUUCCAUCAUGCUCGUGCGCCGUCGAGCGAAGCGCCGGAGAUGGUUAAACGCCUCGAAGUCCAGAAUAGCUCGGAAGAUGACUUUGAGAAGGUGUCGGCUUCGGAGGCUGCGUCAGACGAGAAGGAGUCGAACAUCAAGGACGUCGCUUCCCCAGAAACCAUCACAAGUACCGUCGAGAAGGACCUUUCAGAGAAGUCUACCGAAGGAGAUGGAGAGUUCGUUGAUGAGCCCUUGUCUCCGACGAAGGAACCAUCUCCAGAAGCCCCAACUCCGCCAAAGGUUGCAGAUGACGCUGAAUCGCCCACUUCUGCGGGACUAACAUCGCGAGUGGGUGGUCUUGACCUGGACAAUGACACAGUCAUGAGCGAUCGCCGGUCUCCGCCUCCCACCACAACUUCUGAGACUCCGGAGGAAGCUCCAUCACUCCUAACGCAGCAGCUGAACAAGGAAGGCCAAAAUGAGGACGUCAUUCAACCCCGCCCGGAGGAUACCCCGGCGCCCUUGUUCUCGGGGAAGCGCAGUACCGAAGGUAGCGAAGUCUCGAAGCAAGAAAAUCCAGAUUCGACACGAUUUACAGCAGGUCCAGCUGAGAGCGAAGGCUCAGAGGUCACACCAAUUGAUGAGACGAGCAGCACUCGCUCUGUCCUCGUUGGGGGUGGUGAUAACCAGUACGCUAAUCAGUAUGAAGUUGAUAUCGAUGGAUCACCUGUAGUCGGCGAUCUCCUCAAGAUCAAGUUUGUCGAGCACAGAGUGGUCCCGACGAUCCUGGACUUCUUUUUCCGCUUCCCCUGGAAUAACUUUCUUCACAAUGUGGUCUACGAUGUCGUCCAACAAGUGUUCAAUGGUCUCAUGGACCGAGGCUAUAAUAGGAGUCUGGCCAUUGAUCUCUUUGAGACCGGCCGCAUCACGGAGCGGAUAAUCGAAGGCCAGCAAGCUAGUGACAAGGCACAGGCCGAGAACAACAUGAGGUUAGGCUACAUGGGCCACCUCACACUGAUUGCAGAAGAGGUGCUCAAGUUCACCGAACGGCAUCCGGCAGAGUUGCUCUCGCAAACGGUCCUGGACAAGGUCAUGGACAAAGCAUGGAUCGACUACAUUGAGCACACAUUGGCCGAGACCAGGGAUCGCGAUAACGCAAUCCUGGGUGGCGUGCGUCCUGACCACAGCGUAGGUCCAAGGCAAGCGGUUCUCAAUGCCGUCAACGCAGCCAAUAGCUACAAUAACAACGGCGCAUCUUCCGGCCUCGGAGGCAACGGCUCCAUCGGGCUGGACAGCAUGGAGCUCAGCAAUGCCGAAAACAACGGUGGCGGGUACUCCUUCUCUGGGGGCACACUGCUCAGCGGCUUUACAAACUCGAGCGACGAGGAGGACGAGGACAUGGACGAGGGCGACGGCGAGCGAGAAGGGGAACGGGUCCGCAGCGGGCCCAUCAAUGACACGGAACAAGUGGGUGAACUCUCAUUCGAAGACGUCGAGAUGGAUUACCGAUAA